GGCCUGGCAGACAGCGAGCUCCCCUUUCUGUCGUGAAUGGCGUGUUUUCCAGCGCAACAAAAGCGGAUUAUUCACGAUGUUUUCAGCAUGGUGUAAAACCCGCGGAGCAUUAUUGGCUUUUUACCCCAUUAUUACACCGGAGGACCGCCCGUGAUUCGUGAAAAUGGGGGAAAAAGGAUACAAUGCAGCACGCAUGUUCUGCAUUAUUCUGGAGCCACACAUCGUCGGUGUGAAUGACUUGUGGCUGUAGGUUGUCGUGAGUGGGCCAGGUUCCUGCACAGCCUCUGUGGCUGACUGGGGAGGAGUCGAGUGGAUAGCAGACAUCAGUGCCCAGGGGACCUGAGGCCUGGUUCUCCAUAUGAGGCCCUACUGAAAGGGCAGGGGGGCUUCUGAGUGUGCCCAAGGGCCGUUGAAAGCCCCCUUGGGGGAAUUUCAUAAAUACACAAAGAACAAGGGAAGCCUUUUGGACUGUUGUUUUUUUAUUUACACACUUUCACUUACACACACACACACACACACACACAUACAGCCACACACACAGACAAGGACGUAGAAAGAAUGUUGGAGGUGCAGGAGGAGAGGCCAGCGGCGGCAGGUACAGCAGCGACACAUUUCAGCAAGAAGGAGCGAGGGAAGAAGGAGAGGGAGGAGGCAAAGGACGGUCGGGGGAACCUGUCGAACAUUGGAAAUCCUGUUGCCAGCUCCAGGAACGUGCGUUCGAAAGCACCUCUCACGCACACGGGCAGCCCUCACCAGCUCAUCACUCCACCCUGUUCUGUUGUCCUGGGAGCCCCAUCAAUGCACUCCAAUAGACUGAAGAACUCCCCGUCCACCAACACACAAAGUCCUAAACCCAAGACGGAGGCCAUGGUACGUUCACCUCCGGUCAUGUCCCCCUCUACUGCCGCCCAGAUGGACUCUAAAAUGCCCAAUCAGGGUAAACCAGGGAGCACAGGCAGCCAAUCACAAUCCUCUCCUUGUGACCCCAAAAACAUGGGUGCCAAAGGAGCUCAAAAUGUUUCAGGGGGAAUGGGACUGAAAAACGGACAAGGCCUGACGUCUGGCCCCAGCUCCAAGGUGAAAGUCAAACGGGAGAGAAGCACCUCUGUUGAGUCGUUUGAGCAGCCAGAGAGCGGCACACCCACUAGUGACGACAAAGAUAGUAGCAGGGUGAAGAGAAUGUGUGUGGCAGAGAGGAGGCAGCCUUACAGUGGAGCUGACUGGUGCUCAGGGGGUGAAAGUGAUGAAGAUGACAAAAGUUUCUUCAAUUGUAAUUCCAGCGAUGUGAAGCCCCAGGACACUGUCACACAUUCUACCUCCAACGCCGGACUCAGUCGCUCCUCCACACCCUCCCACAGUACACUGGGAGGCCAGGGCUCCACAACAGAACCUGCUAGUGGCCAGAAACCCGGCUCAAAACUUGUUUAUGUCUUCACCACAGAGAUGGCAAACAAGGCAGCUAAUGAAGUUCUCACUGGCCAUACAGAAAACAUCAUUGCCUUCCACAUGAAAAACAUCUCCAACAGCAAAGAUAAAGCUCACCUCUUGAACAAUGCAGCUGGCGUCCUGCGAAAUGACUCAAAGCCUUCACAGCAGCCUCCGUCCUUAGCCCAAGAUCAAAGCCACCAGCCUGGAUCCAAACCGUCCUUAUCUGGGAUGGCAGAGCCAGCACCACCUCAGCCUUCAAAUCAAGGAAACCAGUCCUGUGUUCUUCCACAGGAAGGCUCAUCCUCAGCAGGCAUGGAAUCCAAAAUUAUUCCAGGCAAUAGCCCCAGUAACCCUACAGCCCCAGUAGACCAGACUUCGGCCAACCAACCUGAGACAGGCCUCAACCCUGCUACAUCAGUUGAAGGUGGCCAGGGUGGAGGCACUGGUGGAACAGGUCUGACCCCACAACAGCAGCAACAACAGCAGCAGCUGGCCCAGGAGUUGUUAAACAUGGAGGCCAACACAGAAGGUCUGUCACAAGAACAAUUAGAACAUCGUCAGCGCUCUCUGCAGACCUUGCGAGAUAUUCAGCGCAUGCUCUUUCCCGAUGAUCGUGACGCUCCACCAGCUGGGCCCCCACAACCCCACAGUGGACCCCUUGAUGGAGGCCCUGAUGGUGCACCACGGAGAUCUGAGCAGGGCCCUCUACAAGCAAUGAUGGCACAGUCUCAAAGCCUUGGCCCAGCAGGUGGACCUGGAGGACCUCGUCCACAAGGCCCACCUUUUGGACCGCCUCACGGACCCAGAGACAUGCCUGCUUUUCCACCAGAUGAACUGGGUCCACACAUGGGUCCAGGCAGUUGUGGAGAAGGAGACCAGAUGACUCCAGAACAGGUGGCUUGGCUUAAGUUACAACAAGAGUUUUAUGAGGAGAAAAGAAAAAAACAAGAAAUGCAACACCGUCCUCUUGCUCCAGACAUGAUGAUGCACCCCCAUGGCCCACGUGGCAUGAUGCGAGGACCCCCGCCUCCCUACCAAAUGGGCCCAGGAGAGAUGUGGGGAGGACCAGGUGGUCCACCAGAGCAUUACCCAGAGCGAAUGGGAAUGGGCCCUGGCCCCAGGGGCAUACCCCCACAUAUGCAGAGGAUGCCCGGCUUCUCUGGUAUGAUGAAUCCUGAGAUGGAGGGCCCCCCAAGGCCUGCAAUGAGCUGGCCUGAUGACAUACCUCCCCGAAUGGGAGAAGCGCGAGGCUUCCCUGGAGGGCCUGGAGGAAUGUUUGCGGGUCCAGGGGCUCGCGGUGAACGUUUCCCUAAUCCUCAGGCAGUCCAGGAGGCAAUGUUCCACCAAGGAAUGGGUGGGGAGAAGGGCCUCCCUCCAGGUAUGAUGAUGGAUGUGCAAAGAAUGAUGGGGCACCAAAGAGGUGGAAUGGAACCAGGUAAUGGCAUGGGUAUGUUUCCAAGAUUGCCUGUUGAGGGCCCCAUGAGUCCAUCCUCAAGGCUGCAAGGAAUAGGGGGCAGAGAAAUGGGGCCUGAGUUUGGCAUGGGGCCUGGACCUGGACCUCAUAUGCACCCUUCCAAACUACGAGAUCCCCCUAUGAAUAUGAGUCCUGAUGAAAUAAUGAGAAUGAGAGGUAGUGGAGGACCUCCUAUGGAGAACAUGGGUCCACAAGGCAGACCUAUGCAGGUCCCCCCCUUUGCUGAGCAGACACCAUCAGACUUUCCAAUGGGACCUGGGCGGCCCUUCCCUGGGGGUCCAGGAGGAAUGAGGGGUCCACAUGCAGACCAAGCAUUUGGUCCAGAGCACAGAGCCACACCAUCAGGAGGUAAUGGUCGUAUUAACCACCUCUCCUCAGGUGGUGGUCCUAGUCAAGGUCAGAGGAGCCGCAAGCCAGCUGAUCUGAAUGUUCAAGCAGGAGGGGGGAACUCUCCCAGUGUUAACCCACUCAAGUCCCCUCCUCUGAGGCAAGGGCAGUCUCCCAUAAUGGGUUCUCCCUCCGGAAACCUUAAAUCUCCUCAAACUCCGUCCCAGCUGGCAGGCAUGCUCACUGGUCCCACAGGUCCCAGUGCUCCUCCAGCCCCUCCAACUUCUGCACCAAUGAAAUCUCCCCACUCCAUGAUGGGAUCAGCAGGUGCCUCUCCUGUUCAUAUGAGGUCUCCAUCUCUUCCAAAUCCCUCUCCGUCAUGGGCCUCUUCACCAAAACCACCCAUGCAGAGUCCUGGAGUGCCCCAGCAGGGUGGCAAACCUCCACUCAGCAUCACAUCACCAAACAUGAUGGGGAUGGAGCCGGGUGGGAAUGGUCCUCCUUCUGCACCUCCCUCAUCAGGGGCUCCCUCUGGGUCCAUGUCUCUCCCAGGCAACGUCCCGUCUGGCAGUCCAUACACCAUACCACCAGAACCAACAUUAUCUCAGAACCCACUGUCCAUUAUGAUGUCACGCAUGUCCAAAUUUGCAAUGCCCAGCUCGACUCCACUUUAUCAUGAUGCCAUAAAGACUGUUGCCAGCUCAGACGACGACUCGCCUCCGGCUCGUUCUCCCAAUCUACCUUCAGUGAACAAUAAUGGUAUGGCAAUGAAUCACCAAGGAAAUCCACGCAUGAUGGGACCUGGAAACCCUGGAUCCAUGUCUGCGCUCAGCCCUCUGGGCAUGAAUCCAAUGGGAUCCCAGCCUCUCUCUCAUGGCAUGCCUCCCCAAAUGCCCUCUCCCAACGCCCCAAAUAUGGGCCCAGGCAUGAUUCCCCAUGGCAUGAUGAUGCAACCAAAUCCUCAAGACCCCGGUAUGCCAAAUCCUCAAAUGAUGCCCCAAGGACGAAUGGGUUACCCUCACAGAAACCAGGGAUACCCUCUCACGCAAUCUCCUUCUCAGCAAGGCCCCUUUUCACCGCACAAUGGUCCUGGUCCCCAAGGUUUUCCUGGCCAUUCAAUGGGCUUCCAGGGUGAGGGAGGACCUAUGGGAGGACGAAUGGGGAACAUGCCUCAUGGGGGAGGGGGUGAUGGGGGUAUAUGCAAGCCUAAUACUCCUGGCGGACCAGAGUUCAACAACAUGCAAGGAGGAUUCAGUGAUGCAGACCUUCAUGAAGUGAUGCGGCCGGGAGCCUCGGGCAUUCCUGAGUUUGACCUUUCUAGGAUAAUUCCAUCAGAGAAACCCAGCCAGACUCUUUCGUAUUUCCCCCGAGGUGGAGGAGACAAUCCUGGGGGAAAACCACCCCACCCCUCUGGCUUUCCCAUGCAAGGUAUGAUAGGUGAUGGCCCACCAAGGAUGGGAAUGCCAAUGCAGGGGAUGGGAGGGAUGUCAGGGGGACCUGGUGGAGGUAUGGGUCCUCAAGAUAUGCCAAUGGGUAACCCUGGUCACAAUUCAAUGCGACCACCAGGUUUCAUGGGUCAAGGCAUGAUGGGCCCUCAGCACCGAAUGAUGUCCCCUGGGGGUCCAGGAGGGAUGAUGCAGGGCAGACAAAUGGCUCACCCAGGCCCCGGCGGCUCACCUAACAUGUUGAUGUCACUGCAGGGCAUGGGAGGCCCUCCACAGCAGACAAUGAUGAUGGGGGGUCAAAUGAGGCCGCGUGACAUGGACAUGGGUUUCAGUCCAGGACAUGGAAUGUUCUAAUCCAACAAAAACCUUGUAACUAGAAUGUUCUUGGACAAUACACAAGGAUGAUAAAGUUCAUGGAGUGUAGCAAGUAUUCAAAAGAACUGAUGGACUCAAGUACCUGAGACAACACGAGGAUGUGCCCAGGAAAUGAACAACUUGGAGCUAGCCUGUCACCUAGUAAUGUCUUGUGGGGACUGUUCCAAUGGAGACUUAAGACAGGCCCAGGUUGGAGUAUCUUUGCCACACGUUGUACUUUUGACUCCAGAACUGCAGAAUGUAUGGGACUGUUGAGCAUCAAUUUCGCAGAACUCUUUGUGGUUUAUUUUUAUUUUUGAUUACCUGACAAAGAGGAACCAACCCAACGAAAAGUCAGCGUGGUAAUGCUACAGUAUGUCUACCUUUUUUUUUUUUUCAAAUAAAAAAAAAAAAACGUCACAAAAGUGGUAUGGAACAA